AUGGCAGAUCUGCAGGUCAUGGAGGUUCCUGCGCCCGCCAACGGCGGCGCCGCCGAGGAGGUGGCUACCGGGGCGGGAGUAAAGCGGCAGCGCCGCCCCAGUGUCCGGCUGGGCGACAUCGGCGGGCCGGCCGGCCCCGCCGGAGCCGCCAAUGACCCUCAAAUCCGCCGCAGCAAGCAAGGGAGGAUUUCCCCUCACCUGCUCCACCCUGAUCCAUCUUCUCAGGGGGAGCCGACGAUGGCGUCGGGAGGCGGCUUGAUGGGGAGGAUUCCCUCGAGGAAGCUGCCGGAGCACAGAAGCCUGCACCUUUCCGAGGAGACGGCGGGACCACGGCGGGGAAGCGGCGAUGCGAGCGAGAGGAAGAGCGGCGGCGGCGGCGGCCCGAAGAGGCGGCGGGUGAGGACGAAUUGGGCCUCGAGCUUCGAGGAGGGGGCGGAUGCGCCGGAUUUCAGGUCGAGCGAAGAUGAUGCCGCGGAAGAGAGUUUCAGGGAUUAUGACGAAGAGGAUGAUGACUCGGGUAGUCCCCUGAAGGAGGAUUCCAGAGCGAGGGAUUCCGAUGGGAGGGAGCUUACGGACGCGGAUCCGCCUCCGGGGUCUGGUGUUGGUCUCUGGAGCAGUCGGGGUUUGAGCUCUCUUGGGGAUGGCAGCGUCAGGGCGUGGCUGAACGGGUUAGGGUUGGGGCGCUAUGUUCCCGUUUUCCAGGUACACGAGGUAGAUGACGAGGUGCUACCAUUCCUGACCCUCGAGGACCUCAAAGAAAUGGGAAUCACCGCAGUUGGCUCCAGGCGAAAAAUCUACUUCGCCAUUCAGAAACUCGCGAAGAGCUUCUCGUGA